UGAGUUGGCCCUUAAAAAACGAAAGUCUGACGGCGCUGACAGUCACAUGGGAUUGGCUGUUACACAGGGCAUAGAAUCGCAGUCGAGAUGUUGCCCCAAGACAAGCGAGUGCCGAUCCGGCUGAUCCUGCUGAUCCUGCCGAUCCUGCUCCUGAGCCCCACCUUGUGCAUCCCCGUACGAACAGAGUCCGUGGAGGAGGAGCAGUGGUCCUCCUUUUGGCUGCGUCAGGCGCAGGAUCAGUUGCGCGAACGUCUGGCCAGGACCAGGGACUCCAUUACCGAUGGCCGGCGGGCCAGGAAUGUGGUGAUGUUCCUGGGCGACGGCCUGUCCAUUGCCACCAUGACGGCCGCUCGCAUCCUGAAGGGUCAACGGAGCGGCGGACGCGGCGAGGAGGCCCAACUGGCCGUGGAGCGCUUCCCCUUCGCCGGACUAAGCAAGACCUAUUGCCUGGAUGAGCAGACGCCGGACUCGGCCUGCACGGCCACCGCGUAUUUGGGUGGCGUGAAGACGCGCAGUGGAACAGUUGGCCAGAGUGGCGGUGGCGAGCAGGUGGACUCCGUCCUCCAGUGGGCCCAGCGUGGCGGCAAGGCCACAGGUGUGGUGACCACCACCCGGCUGACCGAUGCCAGUCCGGCCGGCGCCUACGCCCAUGUCCGGCGGCGUGGCGAGGAGCUAGAGAUCGCCCGCCAGCUGGUGGAGGAGGAACCAGGUCGCGCAAUGCACGUGAUCUUGGGCGGUGGUCUGGGCAAAUUCGCCAAUGAGCGAAGCGAUGGCAAGGAUCUGCUCGCCCAGUGGCGGCAAUCCCACCCAAAUGGCUGCUUCUCCAGAUCCCUGGCCGAGUUGAGGAACUGCAGCAAUGGAACUGGCGACCUGCUGGGCCUCUUCAGCGACAAUCACAUGUCCUAUCACCUGGCCGCCAGCAGGGAGCAGCCGCGCCUCAGCGAAAUGGCAGCGGUGGCCAUUGAGAGGCUGGAGCAAAAGUCACGGGAGGCGGCAAACGGUGGCUACUUUCUGUUCAUCGAGGGCGGCCGGAUCGAUCAUGGACACCACGAAACGAGGGCGGGCUACGCCCUCGACGAGAUGCUGGAACUGGAUGCGGCAGUGGAGGCGGUGGCCAAGAUGACCGAUGCCCGGGACACCCUGCUGGUGGUCACCGCCGAUCAUGCGCACACCCUCAGCAUGGCCGGCUAUGCGAGAAGGGGCACCCCCAUCCUGGGAAUGGACGAGCAGCAGCGCGAUGUGAACGGAGUGCCCUACAGCACCCUGAACUACGCCAUCGGCAAGUGGCAGAGUCUGGACAAGGAGGGCCGAAGGGAGAGUCCCGCCAGGACGCUGAGUCCAACCUCCUACACUCCCAGUUAUAUUCACGGACGCAAGGGUGUGCAUUCUGGCGAGGAUGUGGCCGUUUUUGCAAUGGGACCGCAGGCGCAUCUCUUCGGUGGCGUUAUGGAACAGAAUCUGUUGCCCCAUCUGAUGGGUUAUGCCGCCUGUCUGGGCAGUGGAAUCACCAUCUGCAACCACGACCAGGAUACGGUUGCGGAUACGGAUGCAGAUGGUGUUGGUGACCAGCUUAGGGUCACCUAAAACCUUUCCAGUUCCACAGACAUUUGUAAAUUUUUGUUCUCAGUUGUUUUCAAAUAUAUAAAGAUU